CAGUUGCAUUCACUUUUAUUGUUUGACGAUAGGAUUGCAAGAUAUAAAUAAAUAAAGAUGAUGGCCCUUUUUCUUGAACUGAUGCUGAACUCAGAGAAAUAACACCCAUCUCUUAAUAUAGUUUUGGCUUUGGGUUGUACAGCUGUGGUCGGUGGUUUUCGUGCACUCAUCAUGGGCAUGAAUGUCAUAGUAAUUUGGUGCUUUUAAUGAUUGAUUUCCAUGGUAGAUUGUGCAGCAUGCCUUCUCUGAUAGCCCUGUGUUGGUGUUGCUCCUGCAUCAUCAUCAUCAUCAUCAUCACCAUCAUCAUCAUCAUCAUCAUCACAAAGUCCAGCCUGUUUACCUAUUGACUCAUUAUUGGUCAUAUUCGACUACAAACGAUAGUUUCACUUUGCUAGCAUAAAAAGGAUUUGUUCGGCAUUGCUCAGUGGAUUGAUUGGAACUCAGAAUGACAACUGUAGAUUUACAAGUUGGCAAGGUCUUUCUAAAGAAGUGCAGAAUGCAAGAUUAUCACUUCAAACAUUUGUAAAUACAGGUUAUUCAAAUGUGUCACCACCAAAGGUUUCUUUCAGAAGACAGCGUGACAAACUUGGACACAAUUGGGUGUUCCAACAGGACAAUGAUCCCAAACACACAUUAACAUUUAAUGUUUAACUAAGUUUAAUGGCAUUAUGUUUCUGGACUAGUCUUCCCAAAACUCCAACCUUAUUCCUGGUGAGAAUGACUACAAGUCAGGUCCAUGCCAGGAAGCCAACCAAUUUUGACAAGAGUGCUCAAAAAUUCACCCAGAAUUUUCUCAGAAGCUUGUUGUUACCAAAAACAUCUAGUCAAGAUACAAGUUCAUAAGGGAUACUUACCCAGGGAGUAUCAGGGGUGUAUGUAUAUACUUGAGCCUUUAUGUAUACUUUGGCCCUGUGUGGAUUAGAGAAAACCCUAAGUAAAACUCAACUCAUGCACCCAAUUCUUCUUUUUUAAGUUAAUAAAGAUCUAUGUUGUACAUUCAUUCCACCCUGGGGGAAGAAAUCUAAGAAAUCAUUACAAGUAUGUCUUAUCACAAAAAACUGUAUUAAAAAUGUCUUAUCACAAACAUGCCACAGAAAUGUAACAUUUUGUUAACAUCCAUGUGCAUUUGUAAAGAUUCACUUCUGGCAGCGUGUUUUGACCAUUUAGAAACCUAAUACGCUUGCAUGUCCUCUCAUAUCAAAUGCGCUUUCAUUCAUCCAGUUUGUUGUUACCAAUCAGAGAGCAUGCACACACACAACCACACUAAGUAAGAGGGUCAUGUUGAGGUCCCCUGGAUCUACAUAUCAGGCAUGAAGCAACCUAUUUCAAGCUGUAAUAACCACUUGGUAGUAAGUAGUUAAAUACAUAAUUAUAUUUAAUUUAUAUUAAAAGCAGCCUACUGGGGUUUUCUUAUGGUCACAAAGAGGUAAAAUUAACUGAAUUUAAGAAGCUAAAACUGAACAACUGUUCAGUCUGAACAGUGUGCAGCCACUGCAGGUUGUCAUACAUGAUUAUGAUAACAUUCCCUCUGAUUAGCUGAAGCACUUCACCUUUGCUGUUGUUUUACUGCCUUUUCUGUCCUGCACCUACUCAAAAUCCAAGUCCAAAGAUCACUGUGCUGUUUACACAAGCUCUGAGCUGUUAGGUGCAGGGGAUCCCUGGUCUUCCUGUAUGAACCUGAAACUUCUGGUGUAGGUGCAACUACAAUGCUUCACCUGUUGUUCCUGUUGUCUUUUAUCCUGGUGGAGGCCUCAGUUGAACUUCCUUUCUCUGUUUGGGACUAAACUGACACUUGGCUUUCCAGGCAAUAGACAAAGGCCGGGAUUUGCUUUAUCAAAGACGUUAUAAAACAUGGAGAACCUGAGUUAAAGAUGGGAACUGUGCUGUCAUACUUUGGACAGUUGUGCGGACAUGGAAAUAAGGAAGAGAAGGAGAGAUGCUUGCGGGCUAAUGACAGCACUUUCAGCCUAUCUUUCCGCUAUGCUAACAAUGCCAUCAAGACCUCCAAAUACAACAUCUUCACCUUCCUGCCACUUAAUCUUUUUGAGCAGUUCAGGAGGCUCGCUAAUGCCUACUUCCUCUUCCUGCUCAUCCUUCAGUUGAUCCCACAAAUCUCCUCUCUGCCAUGGUUCACCACAGCUGUCCCUUUGAUAUUGGUGCUGUCUAUAACAGGAGUCAAAGAUGCCAGUGACGAUAUAAACAGACACAAAUGUGACGGACAAGUGAAUAACCGGAAGGUGGACGUCCUCAUGGAUGGCCAACUCAAAAAUGAAAAAUGGAUGAAUGUUCAGGUUGGGAACAUAGUCAAACUGGAGGAUAAUGAGUUUGUCACAGCAGACCUUCUGUUGCUGUCUAGCAGUGAGCCCCUUAAUUUAGUUUAUGUGGAAACAGCUGAACUAGAUGGAGAAACCAAUCUGAAGGUGAAACAGGCUCUGACUGUAACUGGAGAGCUGGGAGACGACAUUGAGGCACUCGCUGCCUUUAAUGGUGAGAAUCUCAAUGAAACAACACACAUGUUAUGUAUCUUUGGUUUCCUGGCAUCUAUGUGCUCCAUUUUGACCAUUGGCAAUGCAAUCUGGGAAACAAAUGAGGGCUCUGUCUUCACUAUGUUUCUUCCUCGUGAACCGGGCAUUGAUGCUCCUCUCUCAUCAUUCCUCAUCUUCUGGUCUUAUGUCAUUGUCCUUAACACAGUGAUACCCAGUUCACUUUAUGUCAGCGUGGAGUUCAUUCGUCUGGGAAACAGCUUCUUAAUAGACUGGGACAGGAAGAUGUACUAUCCUAAGAAUGAUACUCCAGCUCAGGCAAGAACCACCACACUCAAUGAGGAGCUAGGCCAGAUUAAAUACAUCUUCAGUGACAAGACUGGCACUCUGACACAGAACAUCAUGACUUUCAACAAGUGCUCCAUUAAUGGAAAAGCUUACGGAGACCUCUAUGACUUCUCUGGAGAAAGAGUGGAAAUUACAGAGAGGACAGAGAGAGUGGACUUCUCCUGGAACAAUCUGGCUGAUCCAAAGUUCAGCUUUCAUGACCACAGUCUGGUGGAGAUGGUGAGAAGUGGAAACCCUGAGACUCAGGAGUUCUUCCGCUUGUUAUCCCUGUGUCACACUGUCAUGCCUGAGGAAAAGAAAGAGGGAGAGCUCAAUUAUCAGGCUCAGUCACCUGAUGAAGGCGCUCUGGUGACUGCUGCAAGAAACUUUGGAUUUGUGUUCCGAUCACGCACACCAGAAACCAUCACAGUAGUAGAGAUGGGCAAACAAGUCAUCUACGAACUUCUGGCCAUUCUGGACUUCAGUAAUGUGAGGAAGAGGAUGUCAGUGAUAGUGCGCAGCCCAGAGGGGAAGCUGACUCUAUACUGCAAAGGUGCAGACACCAUGAUCUUUGAAAGACUGCACCCCUCCUGUAACAAACUGAUGGAAGUAACCACUAACCACCUCAAUGAGUAUGCAGGUGAUGGCCUCCGUACACUUGCUCUGGCAUAUAAGGACUUAGACAAGACCUACAUGAUAGAUUGGAAACAUCGGCAACAUGAGGCCAGUGUUGCCAUGGAGGGACGUGAAGAAAAACUUGAUGAACUUUAUGAAGAGAUAGAGAAAGAUAUGAUGCUGUUGGGAGCGACAGCUGUGGAGGACAAGUUGCAAGAUGGUGUACCACAGACCAUUGAGCAACUGGCUAAAGCUGACAUCAAAAUCUGGGUGUUAACUGGAGAUAAGCAAGAGACAGCAGAAAACAUUGGCUAUUCCUGUAACAUACUAAGAGGGGAGAUGAAGGAUGUCUUUGUUGUCUCAGCCAACACUGCUGAAGGAGUCAAAGAGGAGCUACA